UUAGGGGGGUGCACUUCCUCGUGACUGCCGUCAUUUUUUCUAUGAAUUUCGAUUGACGUUUUUUUUUUUCUUUCUCCCAUCUUUUUUUAUAUUUUAUAUCUUUCUUCUAUAUCAUGUCUAACUGGAAAAACGUCAACAACUGGCAUUGGGUCAACAAAAACUGUUUAAAGUGGGCUCAAGCUUAUUUUACUCAACAUUGUGUUGGUAUUGAAGCCGAAAAGAAUGGUAACAAGGCUUCCAUUAACAAGAUGAUGGAAUGUGAAGGUGAUGUCGAUUUGAACCAAAGAAAGGGAAAGAUUAUUACCAUUUAUGAUGUUACUUUGAAGCUUGGAUGGCAAGGAACUCUUGCUGACGGUACUGAGGUGACUGGCUCACUUUAUAUUCCCGAAAUUGCCCAUGAUACCGACUCUGAUGACUUUGUUUUUGAAAUCUCCAUCAAUGAUGAUAGCAACGCCAAACAAGGCAUCAAGGAAGUGGUACGUAAGGGUUUGACACCCAAGUUGAUCAAGGUAUUCGAAGGAUUUUCUGCUGCCAUGAUCAAGGAGAAUUGUGAAGAUGUCUAUAUUGAAUCACACAAGAUGGGUACACCUACACCUGCACGCCCUGCUACCACUGAGCACAGUGCCAGCACCAAGUUUGGUUCUUCUGGCACCAGCACUACUGCUACUACUACUACUACUAGUAGUAGUGAGGCACCUGCCAAGAAAGUCAACACAACUUCCUUGAGCGAAACCACUGAAUUCCAAACCUCUGCUCAUGAGCUCUAUGAGACUUUGACGGACAUCAAUCGUGCUCAAGUCUGGACUCGUGGACCUGUCAAAUUAUCGCGUGAGAUUGGAUCUCAAUUUGAAUUCUUUGGUGGUAAUGUCUCUGGUCAAAUCUUGGAAUUGGUACCUGACAAAAAGAUUGUUCAAACCUGGCGCUUAAGAUCUUGGCCUGCAGGUCAUUUCUCCAAGGUCACCUUUGAAUUGGAACAAGGUACAGACUGUGUUCUCUUAAAGAUGCAUCAAACCGGAAUCCCUGUUGGUGAAGAAGAAUUAACCAAAACAAAUUGGUCUGGUUAUUAUUGGAGAGCCAUCAAAGCCUCAUUUGGCUUUGGUGUUAACUUUUAAAGAAAAAGAGAGGAAAAAAAAAGAAAAUAGAAAGGGGGUUUAUUUAUUAUAGACAACGUAGAUCUUUAAUCCUUCUCGUAACACAUGCGUUACCAAGUCGGUGGAUGGAAGUUGCUGAUAAGUUAACCAUGUAAAUAAAGCGGAUUGGAUUUCUCGAUCCGUCACUUCACAUAGUAA